CUCCAGAGCAUUGCUGAGAAGGACAACAACUUGGUGCCCAUAGGAAAGCCAGCGUCCGAGCACUAUGAUGAGGAGGAGGAGGAGGAUGAUGAAGAUGAUGAAGACAGCGAAGAGGACUCAGAAGAUGAUGAGGACAUGCAGGAUAUGGAUGAGAUGAAUGAUUAUAAUGAGUCUCCUGAUGAUGGGGAGAUCAAUGAGGUGGACAUGGAGGGGACAGAGCAGGAUCAGGACCAGUGGAUGAUCUGAUUCUGCCACAACCACACCAGAUCAGAGGCUGGGGGAGAGCCUUUGCCCCACAGGUCUGGGGAACAGUUCAGUGAAGCUUCUCCUGCCACGGCUGCUGUGUGGGGCAGGAGAUUCGGAGCAAAGCCCUCCAGGGGAGCCAGAGGGGACACUGCCACCUGGCAUAUUGGAACUGACACAUCUUUUCUAAUAAACUCAGUUUUCAAGAAAACAA